GUUCUGAUGCAGGGAGCGAGCGGAGCCGCGGCUCGGAGCCCGGGGACAGGCAGCGGGCAGCCGUCGGCAGAGGCGGACAGAGCAGCCCUGGAGGAGGUGACCCCGGCCCUGGGCAACAGGCGGAGGGAUUCGGACAGGCGGGACUCCCGGAAAAGGAGAGAAAGGAAACGGCUCCUGGAGCUGAAUAUGGGGGAACAGCCAAUUUUCAGUGCUCGGGCCCACGUUUUCCAGAUUGAUCCGGCAACCAAACGAAACUGGAUCCCAGCGAGCAAGCAUGCCGUUACCGUCUCCUUCUACUACGACAGCACGCGCAAUGUUUACCGGAUCAUUAGCGUUGGCGGAACCAAGGCGAUUAUCAACAGCACCAUCACCCCCAACAUGUCAUUCACCAAAACCUCGCAGAAAUUUGGCCAGUGGGCUGAUAGCCGUGCCAACACCGUUUAUGGUCUGGGCUUCAACUCAGAGCAGCAGCUUACACAGUUUGCAGAAAGGUUCCAAGAGAUUAAGGAAGCUGCACGAUUAACAAGAGAGAAAUCCCAGGAUAAAACCGAACUAACGAAUCCAGCACUCGAUAUUUCAGCCCCUCAGGAAUUGUCAGGAGAUCUCCAUUCACCUCCACUGCAGACAGCCAGUGCGAAUGGGAGCAGUGGUCCGAAGCUGUACCACACGGAGAGCUGUGAUGGGGAGAUGACGCUGGACAGUACUCAGCUCAAGACUCUCUUCUCCCAGGGUUCCAUUGGGGAGUCACAGUGGGAAUUGGAGCUGUUUGCACUGCAGGAGAGUAACGCGAAACUGGUGCAGGCACUACAUGAAUCAAAUGUCACUGUUGAGCAAUGGAAGAAACAGCUGACAGCUUACAAGGAGGAGACAGAAAAACUGCGAGACCGGGUUAUUGAGCUUGAGUCACAAGGUGAGGCUGUUGUAACAGUUGCAUCUCAGAACACGGACCUCAGCCAAUCAGUGGAAGAGCUGGAGACCCUGUUAAAGGAAAAAGAGGAGGAAAUCCAGAUGUUGAGAAGCCAAAAAUCUGAUGUGAACGAGUUAGAAAGUGACCGAGAGGAGGCACUGCUCCGACUGCAGGAAGUUGAGAGCCGGAACGCUGAUCUGGAACAGCAGCUACAGGAUGUGGAGCAGACACUGGUUGAUUGUGUGAAUGAUCGAGAGAGGAUCCAGUGUGAUGCCCGGAAGCUGCUGGAUAUCCUUGAUGUCAAGCUCUACGAAUUGAAUGAUUUGCGACAUGGUUUAGCUAAAAUUGCAGAGAAGGAGGAAAAGUCUUGAAAUGUACAGCUGGCUUUGGAGCGAUGAUGAUCAAUUGAAUUUUGCUUUGAUUUCCUGUGACUUACCCACGCAAAGCAAUUUCUUCAAUUGUUAGAAUCACUGCUCCCCACUCCCAUCAUCACCUUUAUUUACAUUCACUUCCAUUUCACCCAGGACACAGUCAGAUAUGGACACAGGAUCUGAGCAGCUAUCUCUGUGAAUCAGCAAUUCACCCAAUCGAGGAGCUACGAAUCCAAAGCUGCAGCUUAUUCUUGUGAUGUCUCACUCUCAGCUUGCAGUGAAGUAACUAUUCAAUAAUCGCCCUACUUACACCCAUAACCCUGCAGUUCUUCCGUUCAACCAUUUAUGCAGUGCUCCUUUCAAAGUCACGAUUGAAGCAAGCACAACUGUCCUUUCAGCAAUGAACACGAGGCCCCUCCUCAAUCUCAGGAAAUACUCUGUUCUGGGAGAAACGAACUGAGCCCCAGUGGAACAAUGCAGUCGGCUAAGAUCCUUUCCCUCAUGUAAAAUUCAAAUAUCCCACACCCCUCACUGUAACACUCUGAUAUAUCCUGUACACCCCACUAUAACACUGAUAUACUCCACACCCCUCACUGUAACACUCUGAUAUAUCCCGCACCCCUC